AUGAACGAUGAGCGACAAGCGAUAUCCAAUGAGAGACACGAUCUGGAACUCCAGGUGACUGCACUGAAAAAGACGAUAAAGAAGUACGAGAAAGCGAGACCGAAAGAAGACAAAGAACUCGUGGAAAGAAAAAUGUACGAGUUACUGGGAAAAAUAUUCAGUCAAGGACAAAUACGGAUGAUAUUGAAUCCCUCACUAUGUAAGAUGAAAUGGUCUUCCGAAGAUAUCACACACGCGAUAUCCUUGCGAUGUGUCAGCCCAAAGGCAUAUCGUUAUAUGAAGCAUGUUCUGCAAAUACCACUUCCAGGCCUUUCAACAUUAAGAAGAUGCUCCGCAUCUUCUCAAGUUGUUGAGGAAUCAUUUUCUGGACAAAGGGUUUAUCUGGAAGGGGAAAAUAGUUGAUAAGGAAAUAUUGUUUAAGUUGCUUUCCAUUAAUGCAGGAGAUUUAAAAAUUAGCCAUAAAAUCACUACGUAUCACUUAAAUGUACAAGGUUCCGAAAGACAGAAGGUUCUUCCUGCUGCGCAAGUCUUAUCCAACACGAUAGCUUCUGCGAUAGAAUGGUGCGGCCGUAAAAGUUACCUUUUGGAUUUACCAUAUCAGGAAGCAGCGUAUGUUAUCAGAUUGUGUAAUGACUGGUUCGAUGUUUUUAAUGCAAAAUGUAAGUACGGUAAACAUACAGGAAAAAAUGCGUACGGUAUAAAUAUUGAAGAACAGAAUGUGAUUUUAAACAACAUGAUGUCUUUCAUUAACGAAACUCGGAUAGGAAAGCAUAAAACUUUAUUACCUUUUCAAAAAGGCAUCUUAGUCAGUAUCGCUUCUUUACAACAACUAUUAUUAUACUUACAAGAACAAUACAGUACAUCCGAUUUUCCCAUCACUUAUUUAAUAACUUACCGUCUUAAUCAAGAUUUGUUAGAAAAUUUGUUCUCAUUCUUACGUUCAAUAGGGUGUGCGAACGAUCACCCAACACCCUUAGAUUUUAAAUACCGAUUAAAACGAUAUAUAUUGGGCAAACAUUCUAGAUAUGCACUGUCAAAUGAAUGUAAUGUUCAAGAAAACAAAUCGAAUGAACCUAUUUUUGUAUCUCCUCUUAACUGCGAUAUCGAUGAUUCUAUGUUAACGGAUAUACUUUCAUCCUAUGUUGAAGAAGAAAACACUACUGUAACUUACAGUUAUGAAGAAGAAGAAUUGUGUAUUGGCGAAGCUUCAUAUGAAAAUUGUAUAACAUUAGAUCCGUGCGCGAUUAUUUCAAGUGACGAAGAACAGUUGUUACAAGCAUUAGAGGAUUUCAACGUUCAUGAAAUUAUCAAUGAAGAGGGUUUAAAAUAUAUAGCCGGAUACGUAGCGUUCAGAUUUAAAAGUAAAGACAAGACAUUGGGUAUUGAAACGCGCCAACUAGAAACAACGUAUGAUUCAGAUUGGUUGCAAUUUAUUUCGCGAGGGAAAUGUAUGUAUCCGAGUGACAAAUUAUUACAAUGUGCGCAUAUAAUGAAUAUUGAAUUUGAUAAGUAUCACGGAUCUAGUUUGAACAAAGAAAAUUUUAUAUUUCAAACAUUAGCAAAAAUAAUACAACCAAAAUUGAAAAUUAAAAUAUCGGAAGAGGUUUUACUAUGCCUUAUUAGAACCAGAACGUACAUUAGGGUGCGCGAAAUAAACCGAACGAUCGCAUCUAAAAAUCAUAGGCGAAAACAAAAAAAGAUAUCAAAAUAUACCAAUACAAAG